AUGUCAGACCCGUUGUCCGUCGCGGGUACUGCCGUGGGAAUCACAUCCCUGGGAAUCCAAGUGUGCCAAGGGCUUGUUUGGUACCUUCGUUCUGUCCAGGGAAAACGAGCUGAAAUCGCCCAGGAUCUGGGCGAGAUCCAGACCUUGAUAUCCAUUUUUUACGCGCUCAACGACAUCCUCCCCAAGAUUAAUCAAACCCGAUGCACCGAAGCGACGACGAUUAGACGAUGCCUCGAGGAUAGUGAAGAAAAGCUGCUGGAGCUGCAGCAAUUACUGGUCAAGCUAAGGGGGCCCUACGAGUCCACCGCCAACCGCGACAAGAUGAGAGAGGCGGGUCGAACGCUCGUCUACCCAUUCCGAGCCGAUACGUUGAAAUCGCUUCGCCAGUCGUUGCGGGAGCUCCUGAACAACUUGAAUUUGGCUAUCGACAUCACGUCACUGACGUCCCAAGUCACCAAUCGUGACAAAAUCGAUAACAUCAGCCUCUCGAUACAGAACUUGGACGUUCAGUCGAGAGACUCAAAUGCCAGCAUCCAAGAUCUAAAUACCAAGAUGCAACAAAACCUGAGCCAGCUCCGAUCACUAGAAUCCACCAUCGCCGAGUCCCUCACUGAGUUCAACCAACGGAUCUCACAGGCAGAGUGGGCUAUCCAGGAUCUCAGUAAUGACAUCUCUGGAAAGCUCACCAUCACGGAAACCGAAGUAGUUUCGACUCGCCAUGCCAUGGCGGAAAUGUGGACAGACAUGGCGGGGAAACUGGACUCACAUUCGGCAGAGAUCGCACAGCUGGUAAGGCGGUCUGGCGAGUGUGCAUCCCUGAGAGUUUUCCGACUAACAAUCCUACGUCAAGGGGAUAAAACUAUCCUGUAUCCAGGACCAAGGCACCUUGUUGCUGAACGGUCCUCCAGAACAGGUCACUCGCUAUGCGCCAAUUACUCGCUCCUCAAGUCGUUUCUCCCCACCUAUCUGUAA